AGUGACCAUCUCCCGGGAAGAGACCCAAGUCACCUCUAUGCCCAGCAGCCCUUAAGACGGGGCGGGAGAGGUGCUCGACCCGCCGCCGCAGUUCUUGGAUUUACCCGACGUCAGGCUGGGGCGUUGCUCUCCCCCCCGCUCCCCACGUUUCACCUUCUUUCCCUGGCUUAGAUUUCUUUUUCUGUUUUUUUUUAAAAAAUUGCGUCUGCACAUUUUUGGGGGAUACUGGACGCCAUGUUGUGGAAACUAGCAGACAAUGUCAAGUACGAAGAGGACUGUGAGGACCGUCAUGAUGGGAGCAGCAAUGGAAACCCCCGAUUACCCCACCUCUCCGCUGUCAGUCAGCACUUGUACAGCCCAGCUCCCCCGCUUUCUCACUCGGGGGCCUCAGAUUUCCAGCCCCCUUACUUCCCUCCCCCUUACCAGCCUCUGCCUUACUCUCAGUCCAGCGACCCUUAUGCGCACCUCGGGGAUCCUUUCUCCAUCAACCCGCUCCAUCAGCCGCCUCCGCCUCCUCCCAGCCAGCAGCAGACCAGCUGGCCCAACCGUCAGACCAGCCAAGACCCUUCGAGCCUGUCCCACCAUGCACGGCCCGGUCUGGUCCCCCAUCUCCCAGCUCUGGAGAGUGGCUCUGCUGGGGCGAGGAGGGAGACGUACAGGCGAUCGGAGCUGCUUCUGCCCCACGGCCAUGGUCUCGAUGCUUCCAGCCUGGCGGAAAACCUCGGCCUGCAUGAUAUGACGCAACAGAUGGAAGAGGUCCAGAAUGUGGAAGAUCAACAUUUAUUAAUGCAUGACCAGACAGUCAUUAGAAAAGGUCCCAUUUCAUUAACAAAAAACAAUGCGUUAGGUCUCCCUUGCCAGAAGGACGGGCUCAUCGGAGUGGUGAUCAACCCCAAUGAAGUGUUCUGCUCCGUCCCCGGACGGCUUUCUCUCCUGAGCUCCACGUCAAAAUACAAAGUGACUGUAGCCGAAGUUCAAAGGCGGCUCUCCCCUCCGGAAUGUCUCAAUGCCUCCCUGCUCGGAGGAGUUCUCAGAAGAGCCAAAUCGAAAAACGGGGGCCGCUCGUUAAGGGAGAAGCUGGACAAAAUUGGCUUGAAUCUUCCCGCUGGCAGAAGGAAAGCUGCAAACGUGACGUUGCUGACAUCGUUGGUGGAAGGUGAGGCUGUGCACCUGGCCCGUGACUUCGGCUACGUGUGCGAGACAGAAUUUCCUUCGAAAGCGGUGGCUGAAUACUUAACCCGGCCACAUCUGGGGCGCAACGAGAUGGCAAACCGGAAGAACAUGCUGCUUGCUGCAAAGCAGAUCUGCAAAGAAUUCACCGACCUCCUCACUCAGGACAGAACCCCUCUUGGGAAUGCAAGGCCGAGCCCAAUCUUGGACCCUGGAAUCCAGGGCUGCUUGACUCACUUUAGCCUCAUCACGCACGGCUUUGGGAGCGCCGCCAUCUGCGCCGCCAUGACGUCCGUCCAGAACUACCUGAACGAAGCGCUAAAAAUUGCAGACAAAACGUACAUGAACGCGGGGGACCAGAGUCCCGCAGAAACCAACAAAAGCAUCGAGAAGAUGGAUAAGCAUCGGAACUGCUGUUAUCCAUUCAUUGUGGGACCAGGUACCAGAAGGUAACAUGGACACGAGCUUUGUUUUUUAAGCAGUAAAAAGUGUGGUGCUAUUUGGGGACAAAAGGGGGGGUGAUGGAGGGGAGAAGUUAAUCUGGUGUUUCAAGAUGCUGUGGGAGAAGAUCCAUUCCAUCUUAUGUGUGCACUUGUCUACAUCUCCUGUCGAUGACGUCCAGUGGGGCCUUCCACAUGUGGGCCGCUUGUGGAACAUGGGAAACAGAAUGACCACCUGGGACAUGCACAUGGAUUGCCCUCUCCGGACCAUACUUAGGUGCAUUGCAAAGUCCUCAUGCACUUAGCUGGGGGCAGAGGGAGGAGUUAAAAGGGCUUUGUCAAGGCCCACGUGGGGCUGUGAGUAGAGGGGAGGAUGGAUCAUGCCCGUUCAGUUUUUGUUUCAGAAGACCAUCGAGCUUCUGACCAGCUGUGCUCCUUUCAGCUCUCAAAAAACUUUCAGGAUGCCUACAUAUUUAAAAGCCAGCCAUAGCACAGAGAAACAGUAUUAGACCCCCAGGGUUUCUGAACUUCUGGCAAAAUGCCCAGGAUAAUUGAAAAUGUCCUAGAAGAAGCUUGAUGUAAAAAUUAUUAAAAAAAAAUGGGUGGUAUUUUGAAUGAUUCUUGUGUAUCUUGAUGAGAGCUUUAGACUUUUGGGCCCAAUCCAGAAAAUGUUGCUGUAACACACUUGAAUGGAAGUGAGGCUUUGGGCAAGACGUUAAUGAACUAGGAAGAAAUGAAGUGGGAAGUCUUGACACCAGGUCACUCACUCCCCUUCCCCAGUGCCCCCAGCUAAAAGGACAAAAAGUUUUAGAAACUGACAUCCACUUUAAAAAAAAAAAAUCCAGGAUACUGCAGCUUUAUAAACCGUCUGCGUUUUUAAAAUAGGAAAAAAACUUGAAAAGCAUAGGCACAUAAUUUUUAAUAACUUUUUUUGUCGUUCUUGCCUACAUAGGCCAAAAAUUAUAUAUAAAUAUAUAAAUAUAUAUCUCUAUCCAGGGAAGUUUUAUGUGUAUAAGGGAAAGCAAGUGUGAUGAAUGUACAUAUUUAUUUAUGUUGUAAUUUAAUGGGAUUUGUAAAUAAUGGUGAACUUUUUAAUACUUUUUUUUAUAAAUGGGCUUCAAAUUUAAUUUUUUUCCCCAAGAGGUAAUGGGUAAAAGUUUGGUAUAUUGCUAAGUUUAUGCACAGGUCUGUUUAUGCUGGGUAUUUAAGACUUUUUACAAAAAACAAAUGUCUAUUCUUGCCACUGAGGAUUAGAUAGAAUCUGAGGUGUUUGUCGACAAAGCAAUAACUUUGUGUAUUAGUAGCAAUUUGAAACGAGUGUGUGAGGUGCAGUAUGUCUGUGGGGAGGGGGGGAAGAAAUCAUGACAGGCGAACAGUCCCGUCCUCCCACCCCACACCCCAGGUUGUAAAUGUUUCCUUAUCAUCAUGCUGUUGUAUAGGAUAACCAUAAUAAAAGUAUUCUGGAUAGAAA